AUCAAACAAACACACAUACAUAUUCACUAUGGACGAAAAGUCUCCAAAGAUUGACGUGAACUCUAACUCUUCCUACGAUUCACCAUCUCAGGAUUUAGAACACCAACAUGAACAUCUUGAAUUGAAGCACCACACUUCUGCUGAAAUCGAAGCCGAUGGCCACUGGUACAACAAGAAGAUCAGCUUCUUCGGCACUGGGUUCAGAUACUCUUCCGCCAUGACCCAGAUCGUCAUGCUUGCCUUUGUCGUUUUCAUGACCCCAGGUAUGUUCAACGCUCUUACUGGUAUCGGUGCUUCUAUUGACGACAAGCACACUGCUGAUAACGCCAAUGUGGCUCUUUACUCUACUUUUGCUACUAUUGGGUUCUUUGGUGGUACCAUCUGUAACAUCAUCGGUGUCAGAGCUUCUCUUAUGCUUGGUGGUACUGGUUAUGCUCUUUACGCUGGUUCCUUAUUGGCUUUCAACCACACUAGAAACAAGGGUUUUGUUAUUUUCGCUGGUGCUUACUUGGGUCUUUGUGCUGCUGUCUUGUGGGCUGCUCAAGGUACCAUCAUCAUGUCUUAUCCUACUGAAUCCACCAAAGGUAGAGCCAUUAUGGUUUUCUGGGUUAUUUUCAACUUGGGUGCCGUUAUUGGUUCCGUGAUUCCAUUAGCUGACAAUAUCGAAAACAAGGGCAGUGCUGCUAACGACGGUACUUUUAUUGCCUUUAUCAUUUUGAUGUGCUUGGGUUCUAUUAUUGCUUUCUUUAUGUUGCCAAUGUCCAAGGUUUUCAAGUCCGAUGGUACUAAGGUCAUGGGUCAAAAACACCCAUACUGGAAGGACGAAUUGAUUGGCUUGGGUAAGUUGUUGCUUAACGAACCAAGAAUCUUGCUCAUGUUCCCAAUGUUCUUCUCUUCUAACUGGUUCUACACCUAUCAAUUCAACAACUUCAACUACGGUAAGUUCAACCUUAGAACCAGAUCCUUGAACUCGUUGCUUUACUGGUUGGCCCAAAUGGUUGGUGCUGUGUGUAUUGGUUUCGUUCUCGAUUGGCAAAAGUUCAGACGUAGUAUCCGUGCCAGAAUUGGUUUUGUUAUUAUUUUCAUUGCUGGUUUAGCCAUCUGGGGUGGAGGUCUCAAGUUCCAAUUGGGAUUCACUAGAGAACAAGCCGAAUCUGUCCCACCAAAGUUCACUCCAUUGGACUAUACUGAUGGUGGAUACAUUGGUCCUAUGUUCCUUUACAUCUUCUAUGGUAUGUUUGAUGCCAUUUUCCAAUCGUACAUUUUCUGGAUCUUGGGGGCCUUGUCCAACAACCCCAAGAAGACCGCCUUGUAUGCUGGUUUUUACAAGGGGAUCCAAUCUGCUGGUGCCGCUAUCGCAUGGAGAUUGGACGCUAUUGGUGUCAGUUACAUGGCCUUAUUUGCAUCUUCAUGGGCCAUGAUCCAGGUCAGUAUGUUGAUUGCUGCUCCUUUGAUCUUUUGGUACAUCAAGGACCACACCUCUGCUGACGAAGACCACAUGGAUGAAGUUGUUGGUGAAGAAGAAGUCACCAAGGAAUUUGAUGUUCAACAUGAAGAACAGUAAUUGUUGAUUAAUUAAUAGAAUAUGUUUCGUAUUUAAUAUAAUGUUUAUGUAACAC